UUGGCUGAAAACGCAAAAGAUGUUUGGCAAUGGCACGCGCAAGAAUGGCAGUAAAUUAGGAAGCAAGAGAUCACUGGCCGAGGGCGAAGCUACGCAAACGAUUUACAAUCAUCGCCAGAACAAUGCUCAGAAUCGUCUUAUGCGAUUGCAGAUAGACUUGAAGCGUCGGAGGGAUAAGAAACCAAACAAUGACAGCCAGGACAGUAAGAGAAGCCAUCAAAAUGCCUUUUCGUCAGCCUCCCAGACCAUCAGCAGUAAUGCAACUUCAGGUGCCUCACAUAGUCGGUGGUCCUUGACCUUCGCACCGUCGUCAUCGGCAUCGCUGACACCAAAAACAUCACGCUCGUCACAAAGUAGUAAGUGCUUAACCUUCGCAACGUCUCUGUCACCAGAGACGCCACGCCCUCCACAGAGUCGCAGGUCAAAUGCGUUUGGAUCGUCGCCAUCGCCAUCGCCACUAACACCAGACACGCCACAGAGUCGCAGGUCAAAUUUCCUUGGACUGUCGCAAUCACCGCUGGCACCAGCGAAAUCUAUACGAGAGCGCCUCAGGGAUCAGGCAAAAACCUGGAAAACACCCAAGGCGCUGCUGGAUUCCAGCAAUCGUGUUCAAUCGGACAGCUCGACAAGUGCCAACCAGCGUCUAACGCAAUUACAAGCUUCCUUAAGGCAACAGCAAAAGCAGGAGCCCAAAGAGCGGAACAAUAAUGGCCGUUCAAUACUGCCAGAUAUUCCGAAUGCAUUUAUAGGCAAAAAGCCGAAGGUAGCAGAGCCAGAGCCAGACCUGGAGUCGGAGCGAGAGCCGAUGGAUUGGGAAGACAGUGAUGUGAUACUUCUCAACAAGAAAUCAGAGGACGGCGAGUUGAAUGAACUGCCGGCUCGUCGGUUGGAUCACAUGUACUUUGUCCUCGACACAAAUGUGCUCAUGCACAGCUGCUCAUUUGUGGAGGAUCUUACGAAAGUUGUGCUGCCUGGCACCGUGGGCAGCAUGCUGUUUAUUCCCUAUAUAGUUAUCAAGGAGCUGGACAGGCUCAAGGCCAGAAAAAAUUAUGACAAUAAUACGCGCGACAUGGCUAUUCGUGCCAUUCGCUUUCUAAACACAAAAUUUGAUGAGAGUCUGGAAAUACAAGCGCAAUCAGCAGAGAAGGAGUCGGAACACCUAAUUGAAGUGGAUUGUGGCGAUGAUAGCGUUGUCAACUGCUGCCUUCAGCUAAAAAAAGAAGUUCCCCACAUGAUACUCCUGACAAAUGAUGCCAAUUUACGCCUGAAGGCCAAGUCCUCGGCCAUACCGGUCUCCACUCACUCCGACCUGAAGGCCGCCUAUAUCGAUGAGUUUGCCGCUCUCGAUUGAGCGGCACGAGGUGCCGAGUCCAGCGACGAGGAACAGCAAAGACUGCGUUUGUGAUAGGAUACGUGUAUAUACAAAAGUAAAGCCAUUGCACCGCGGCCAACAUGAAGUACAAAACAAUAUCAAAUUAUAUUUAGAUGUACAUACAUACAAGUUUUUAGCUACCCACCAGUGAUGUUCACUGUAUGGAGCACCUAACGUUGCCUUAGUGGAACUGUUAAGCAGUUUUUUGAACUGCUUCAUUCUUCUUCAUUGAAAUGAAGAAAUUAAGUAUUUGCAAUAUCGAGUGAAUAGCCCACAAAAAUAAAAGGUAGUGCAUAUACAUA